CGUUAUUUUUCAGUCCUGCUUUCUUCCCGUCUUUGUGGAAAAGAAUUUUCGGCUCACUGUGAGGAUCUCAGGUCAAAGAAGAGAACCGACCCGAUCUUUGAGGUUCCUGAGGUUCUGGACCCGCAGUACGGCAUGUAUGUGUGGCCCUGCGCCGUGGUUCUGGCCCAGUUCGUGUGGAAACACAGAGAGGAGCUGAGCGGCAAGACGGUGCUGGAGAUCGGAGCGGGCGUCAGUCUUCCUGGCGUGGUGGCGGCGCGCUGCGGCGCCCGCCUCUUCCUGUCCGACAGCUCUGAGAAGCCGUCCUGCCUGCAGAACUGCCGGCGGAGCUGUGAGGCCAACGGACUGAGCGGCGUGGAGGUGCUGGGCCUCAGCUGGGGGGAGGUUCCCCCCGACCUCCUGCUGCUCCCGGAGCUGGAGGUCAUCCUGGGGUCAGACGUCUUCUACGACCCUGAAGACUUUGAGGACGUUCUUGUGACGAUUGUAUUCCUGCUGAGGAAGAACCCCAGGGCCCGGUUCUGGACCACCUACCAAGUGAGGAGCGCCGACUGGUCCAUCGAGGUUCUGCUCCGGCGCUGGGAGCUGGACUGCAUCCAGGUCCCUCUGGACCAGUUUGAUGCGGACAAACCGGAGCUGGCGGCGUCCAGUCUGCCGGGCCGCCACACCAUCCAGAUGAUGAUCAUCACCAAGAAGCACGGCUGACCCGCUGCAGAGUGGAACCUUCCAAGACUGGAACGGGGGUCUUUAAAGUUGUUGGACCUGAACCCGGUUCUGGUCUGACUCGGUUGUUAUCAGAGCUCCGCCUGUAGCCAGCAGGGGGCAGCGUUUCCCGUGGUUCUGUUGGGUUCCAUUUGGUGGCCCCUUCAGUGAUGGCGUGGCGCGAAUCCAAACAGAUGAUCGAACUGAAGAUGGUUCAGUUUAUCCUGAGAGGUGUGACUGAGGGGGCGGGGCUUAAUCUAGACCUGUUCUUCCCGAAUAAACCGGGUCAUCAGAGGUGGAGGUUCUGCUGAGUCUCUGUGUGGUUUGCAACGUUCUCAGCCUCACUUUGACUCCUCAUCACAUGUUCAUACAGGCCCCUCCCACCUGGUUGGUGUUACACAUGGCACCCCCCACGGUUACCACGGUUCUCCUGUUUGGUCCAAACUAGACUUCAGAACCAGGAGGACCAUCAGAGGAGAAACUGCUUGAACAAAAUCUUUAAGGAUUUGGUUCUUAAUGUUUUGUCUUCCUUGUUUUGUGAGAAUUCUUCCUGCCAGCUGCUGUCUUUAAAUCAUUCAGGAAUAAAUCCGUCAAUCAAACCUUUAGUGUGAUUCCCUGCUCGGCCUGCAGGGGGCGGUGCUGAAAGCUGCAGCCUCUGGUCUCUUGUUUGUUCUUCGUUCAAAGUUUUCUCCGUUGUUGUUUGCGGACAUUCAUGUAAACAUCAGACCGAGACGGAACCAAAGAGAACCUGAAGCUGGAACCAGGAGAACGUCACUGAACCGCAGCUUAGACGUCCAAACCUCUGAGGAUGAGGAGGCAGGAGCUUCUUCUUCAUUCUGAGGACGUGAGCGACAGCAUUUCACUGCUGAUGGUUCCAGAUCAGAAACCCUGCAGGAAUGAGUCCAGAGAAAAGUCAGCUGGGAUUAGGGGGGGAGGGGGGGGGGGUUCUGAUGAGGAGGAGCAGAUCUGUGAACAGAAAAGUCUCAGCACACAGAACCGGGCUGCAGGGUUUUCAUGAAGGUUCUGUAGGUGAAACAGAACCCAACAGGAAGUAGAUGGCUGGAGGGGAAAAUAAAAGUCUUGGUUUGAUGGCAUUGAUUAUAGAAAAUAAAACAAAUCACAGAUUCAUGAAACUUAUUACAGAAAUAAUCAAAUGAUUGAUUCAUGUGUCUCAUAAUCAUAAAUGGAGGUUUUUCUGAUGAUGCAGGCAGUUCACACUUAGAUUCAAUAAAAUAGUGAUUAUUAACAAAUA